UGCAAAAGGAAGAAUUUUAAUGCUCAGAUUGUGGAAAGGUUUUUGCUUACCAGAGUCAUUUUCACCAACACCAGCGCAUUCACACAGGUGAGAAGCCUUUUCAGUGCUCAGAGUGUGGAAAAAGGUUUAACCAAAAGAGCACUCUUCAGCGACACCAAGACUUACACAAGGGAGAAAAAACAUAUUAUUACUUACAAUGUGGCAGGAGUUAUACACAAGUACUCACCAAUCACACCAGCGCACUCACAAAGGACAAAAACCAUAUCAGUGCUCAGAGUUCGGGAAAAGUUUCAGACAACAGAAUCAUCUCUGGCAACACCAGCGCAUUCACACAGGCGAGAAACCGUGUCGCUGCUCACUUUGUGGGAAGUGUUUUACUUGCCAAUGUCAUCUCCAAAUACAUCAGCGCAUUCAUACAGGUGAGAAACGAUACUACUGGCUACAGUGUGGAAAAAAUUUUAUUUGCCAGAGUCAUCUCCGAGCACGCCGGCGCAUUCACACGGGUGAGAAGUCCUAUCAUUGCUCAAAGUGUGGGAAGAAGAUUUCUGUGAAAUAUACUCUCAGACAACACCAGCAUAUUCACGCAGGAGAGAAGCCAUAUCGCUGCUCGGAGUGUGGGAAAGGUUUUAAUAAAGAAAGGGCUCUUGAACAGCAUCAACGAAUUCACACAGGAGAAUAACCGUAUCACUGCUUACAGUGUGAGAAGAGUUUUGCUUGCCAGAAUCAUCUUCAACAACACCAGCGCAUUCACACAGGGGAGAAGCCAUAUCUUUGCUCACAGUGCGGGAAGAGUUUUACCUGCCAGGGUCAUCUCAGAACACGCUGGCGUUUUCAUACAGGAGAGAAGCCCUAUCACUGUUUACAGUGCGGCAAAAGUUUUACUGACCAGAGUAGUUGUCAACAACACCAGCGUAUUCACACACAAGAGAAGCCCUAUCACUGCUUAUAUUGUGCCAAACAUUUUACAUAACAGCGUCAUCUCAAAGAGCAUCAGCGCAUUCACACCAGAGCGAAGCCAUUUCGCUGCUCUCGUUGCGGAAAGUGUUUUAAUAAAAUGAGUGUUUUACAUAGACACCAGCGUAUUCACACUGGGGAGACGCCGUAUCUCUGCUCACAGUGCGGAAAGGGGUCAUCUUCAAAUACACCAGCGCGUUCACAUUGGAGAGAAGCCGUAGCACUGCUCACAAUUUGGCAAGAGGUUUAAUCAGCAAAGCGCAUUCAUACAGGAGAAAAAACAUUUCAUUGUUCACACUGUGGGAAGAGUUUUGCUUAUAAGAAUAAUCUGGAAACACACAAGCGCAUUCACACGGGGGAGAAGUGCUAUCACUGCUCACAGUGUGGACAGAGAUUUAAUUAUUUAAAUACAUUUAAGAAACACAAGUUCACCAACAUGGAGCAUUCAGCCUGUGAUCUUCAAAUUCAGAAAGUAGUCGGUUAAAAACAAAACUUAUAAGCAACAACAAAGUGUAUUAAACCACAUUUUGAGAAAUUUUUGAAUUUGAGAAAGUUUUGCUCAGUAAGAAGAGAGAACUUUCCCAUCAUGGGUGCAUUCCCGCCUCAUGCCUGAUAUUCCUGGAAUAGGAUCCAGAUUCAUCAUACGGUCGCUGAAGAUGAAUGACUGAAUAUUUAUUCUGUAGGAAGUUAUUCCUAUGUUGAGGAAUAAGCCUAUAUAAUAUUGCUGUCGCAUAAUGUUAUAUAAAUAUCUAUAUAUAAUUUUUUCACUAGCAGAGGGCAUUGUUCAUUUGCUUUUCAAACAGAAUUCUCAAAACAUUUGGUUUCAGCAAAGUAUUCCUAAACUUACUUACUUAUUAAGCAAUUCUAAUAUUUUUAUAGACCAUCAAGGUAGUGAUAGAAAUAUGAAUUGCACUGAGGGUUACUAAUCCUUUUCAUUUUUUAUG